GCCCAACCGAGCGCAGUGAGGGAACGAGAAGGGCCGGCGGGGUGUGCACGCCUCUUCCGCCCUGCGCCCGGAAGGGUGAUGUGGCUGGGGCUUCGCAGGCCUCACUAUGUCUGCCAUUUUCAAUUUUCAGAGUCUGUUGACUGUAAUCUUGCUGCUUAUAUGUACCUGUGCUUAUAUCCGAUCCUUGGCACCCAGCCUCCUGGACAGAAAUAAAACUGGAUUGUUGGGUAUAUUUUGGAAGUGCGCCAGAAUUGGUGAACGGAAGAGCCCUUACGUUGCAGUAUGCUGCAUAGUGAUGGCCUUCAGCAUUCUCUUCGUACAAUAGCUUGGGAAAAUAUCAGAAAUUAAUUGCCAUCAGAUUUCCAUAUGAAAAAAGGACUUAACCUACAGAAAAUAAUGGAAUGAAUGGUUAACCCUUUUAUCUCUGAACAUUGAAUGAGAUAAAUUUCCAGCUGCUGUUCUCUAUUUUUGUUAUUGGACCAAUGUUCUAUAUAAAUAGGAUGUAACCAUUUAAUACUCAAGAAUUUAAUAUGUCUGUAACAAUCAACCUCAGUACUGUCACUACAAAAUUACAGUCUACAAAUGUUAUUCUGUUAUGUCAGAUACCAGUUUUUAGGAAGGUAUCUCUAAGACACAGAAUAGAAAACAAAAUUGGUAAAUUACGCCACUUACUUUCACUGUGAUUUGGAAAUGAUAAAUCUUUAUAGAAUGAGACACUUUUCUGGGCUAGCUUUUUUAUUGAAAAAAGUUCAACUUGUGUUUGUAAGGAUUGCAUUCAUAUUUAAUUAUGCUUGCUUUUCCUCUGGCUAUACAAAGCGUUAACAGAGUACUUCUAAGCAAUUCUGUAGUGUAUUACAGAUGUUUCAGCUAUUUAAAACAAGCCUGUGCUCUUCUUAAGGAAAAAGGCAAAUGAGAUGUGACUUAAGAGCAUUUUUGGGAAAAUGACCAUAUUUAACAUAAAAGUUUAGAAUAGCUGAGUGGUCCGGUAGCCUCUGAAAUAAGUAUGGAUAAAUAUCUCCUGAAUAAAUUGACCAGCUGCCAUUUUCUGAAUAAGACUACAUUCUUAGAGUGAAAAGAGCAAAAAAGAACAAUUCAGAAAGAUAAUCCUAUAUGUUUCUUUCAUUCUUUUUAGUGUCAGGUCUCCAAUUUUAAUUGCCCAAAAAUGUAAACUGUGUUUCUUUUGUUUGUUUUUAAGUACAGCACUUUAAAUCUAGUUUACUUUUUAUGUGUCAACUUGAACUGGUACCUGCUGUGUAAUUCAGUAGGUGAUGGUAAACAGUUUUCAAAUCUGCUUAUCUGUGUACCUUGGCAUAAGUGUCUGUGAGUUUUGAUAAUAAAGACCUUCAAUAACCUCAUCACCACAAGAGAAACACUUGGAAUAUGACAUACACAUUUUGCAGUAGAGCAGUUAAAAAGUUACAGUUACCAUUUUUUAAGAUCUAACUGAAAUUCUGUUAAAAUUCCAAAGCUAGGGGGAACUUAAAUAUCUUAGCUAAAAAUUGCCCGUCCUGGGUAGUACUAAUUAGAUAUUAUCCUUAGCUCUUAAUCCCUUUUCUCUUUUUAAGAAAAGAAACUUAUUUUGAAUUAUUUCAAAAUGAGUCUGUCAGUAGCUCUUUCUGCAGAAACUAAGUAUGGAAUUAAAAGCCAUCUCUUAAAGACCACUUUACUUGAAAAGAAUUGUAGGAAAAGUGUAAGAAAAGCCUGCUUUUUUUUGCAAAAGAUAAAAACUGCCCUAGGCUCCAAUGUUGGCCUAAUUGGUGAAAAGUUGUACAUUAUGCUUUAGACCAGGACUCAGGCUAUGGUCAUGAUGCAUACUCUGAACUGUCUCUUGGGCUUUGCGUUAGGUCGAGAAUUUUCAGGGUAUUCUAAAAUUAGGACUCAUCAGCAUGUACAUGCAGAGCAAGUCACCUUUCUGGGUCUGGAUCCUGAGUGCCCAUCUAUUGUCCAGCUCUGCUGCCAGCUAGACUUUCCAAACAGUGUCAACUGAGCUUCUGCACUAACACAAAUCCAGUACGAAUAAUAGGAGUAAAGGGAAGAAUAUUGUAGAUUAUCUGUUCUAGGACAUUUCUUUAAUUUUUUACAUUUUGGAGGAGGUAGGUGGAAAAGUGGAGGAAGAAAUAAUUUCUUUGAAAAAUGUGUGGUAAUAUACAAAACUUUCUGCUGUGUGUCCAUGCUUAGUAGAGUGGGAGGCAGCUUAUUUCUGACCUCUAGGCAUUGUGACCUCCUUGGCAGGUUACGGAAAGACAAGAUUCUGUGAAGAAAAGCAAUUAGCAUUUUCAUUAAUGUAUUUUUUCAAAGUUACCGCAGAACCCUAUUUUCUAACCCAAAGAGGGGGGAGUGUAGGUAGUUUUAGGUCCACAGAAUAUUCAGAUAUUCCCAUUGUGGUCUUGGUUGGGUGGUCAGAUGCAGAAGAGGAUUAAGGAUCAAUUUAGCAUCCGGUGGGCUGCCUCUGUCACGUGGUCCUACUGCCGAGCUGGAUGGGAUGGUGGGCAUUGAAGUCCACAUGUUACAAGGCUUGAAUACUCUCCCUAAACUUCCAGGCUCCAGAAUCUUGAUUCCAUCUCUCAUGGAAACUUUUGUGCUGAUACUUCGUUUCCUGACUGGCCUCAGUUAUGCCCAUGGUAGGAGGUCCUCCUUCCAGACCGCGUUAAAAGAUGGUCAGUUAAAAGGCCACUUAGUCAACUGAAUUCCCUCUGUGGCUUAAAAAAAUUUGGAUUCAAGUCCAAUGUCUUGUUAAUGCCCACUGUGCCAGGCACUCCCCAUGUUCAUAUUAAGAAAUUAGCCCUUUCGCACUGGGGAUAAUAGUUAUAUGUACUUUGUAACAGACUCCGUCUUGGCAAUAUGCAGAUCAGUCUAGUUUUAUCUUAGCACAAAGAAGUCUGAAUGAAGGGACUUCUCCAGAUGCACAGAGUGAGAAAUGAACAGGUCUCCACGUAGUUUUCUAGGAAAGACCUAGCACUCAGAAUGUAUCAUCAUUCUUUCAAGAAGCAUUUAUGGAGUGCAUACAGAACAUUAUCACUGAAGACAGAAAAACUAGUACAUGAUUUCUGCCUUCCAAUAGUUCCUAAUGCAGUGGGUGAGAGAUUAUACAAAAGUACAGUGGGAUAGCAUUUAUUAUUGAGAUAACGCCAGGAUUCUAGGUGAAAAUAAGGAUGACAACUCAGAGGUAAGAGUUUCCUUCCAGAGAAACAGUGCUUACACUAAAUUAAGAGCAAUAUGCCAAAGCCAGUGGUAUGUUUAUGGACUGUGAGUCCCUAGCUUGUGCCACAUGAGGCAUAUUAAGACCUAAGUCUAAAAAGGUGGACAGAGGUUAGGUCUUAGAGGGUCUUGUAUAUUUUUCACUUCUAUUAGCUACCUCAAAAUUAGAGUUAAAUAUAUUUUCCCUCCUACCUGACCAAAAAAUAAAAACUUAAAAAAAAUUCUUCCUUUGGUAUAUGUAUAAACAAGGUUAAAUAUAUCCAGGCCAACCUUAAUUUGGACCAGGAAUACAAUAGUAUACUCUCCAGAGACUCUUGUAUAGUAUAUAAAGCCAAGGUAACACUAGUCAGGUUGAAUACUUUUAGGAACUCUUAGUAGCCCCUGUACUCCAAUGAUGCCCAAAGCAGCCACGAUUCUAAGCAGCAGAAGGGGUUACACUGUCUAUAUUUCCUGGGUGCACAGAAAAGAUUUCUAGUAAGCAAGGACUUAACGCUCUUUUCAAAGCCUUUGGGGAACUUACUGGGCCACAAGAAGAUGAAAAGGAUGGAAGAUUCUUAGGGACCACUUUUCACUUUCUUAGGUACCUGGUAAAGAGUAGAUGUUCAAAAUAUAAGUAACUGAGUAAAAUCAGCAUUGUUUAUACAGCUUUGUAGGCCUCAAUCAGGAAGUUACUACUAACUUCCAAAAAUCGCUUCAUAAUAAUGUCAUUUAUGCAUUGCCUUCCAUUCUUUUAGUUUGCCCUAAACUAAUUCCAAAAUAAUCUGAAAUGCACCUCCACUAUCAGGAAAAAGAGGGGAGGUGGAAAUAAUAUUUCCUGUGAUUAAGAGCACAGAAUCAUCCUACUCUGGUUAGUGAACAUGUCUGUGUUGUGUAAUAAAAAUCAAAAUGAACUCA